GCAAAGCUUGGGGGGGGGGGAGCAAAGGCUAUGGGCUGAUCUGUGUCCCCCCAAGAUUCCUACGUAGAGUGGGCCCAAACCCAGUAGGACUGGCGUCCGUAGAAGAGGAAGAGACACCAGAGAAAAGGCGACAUGAGGAGACAAGAAAGAAGACAGCCAUCUGCAAGCUCAAGAGGGAGGCCACAGGAGAAACCAAACCACACCUUCUCCAAAAUAUUGGGGUGUUUUCGCCCGAACCACCUAGCUAGUUGUUCCUUUACGACCGCCUUCUGUUUUGCUCCGAGGAUUUCACAGACCUACAACAUGUCUCCCAAACGAGGCUCUUAGCCUCUGUACAGCGCUGGCAUUGUUCUAUUACUUUUUCCUUUGUACUUUGGCAGAAAAGGCUCUUGAGUGGAACAAAUAGUAAGUGGCUAAUGGAUUCUUCUUUUCCUUUAUGACUUACUGUUUAAUCUACUUGGCUUCCAGGUCUACUGAAGGGAUCCUCACCCUCUACCCAUUUCCUUUUCACCAGGUACCUUCUUAGUCGCCCAUCUCCUCACAUCGUACGUCAGAAAAUAGUGGGAAAUAUAAACAUACAGACUUUUUCAUGGAAAAGUGCACAAAGAGACCUAAGAUACCUCCCUGAGAUCCCAGUUUCUAUGAGGUCCCGAAUUUUACUCUUGACCUCCGGCCCCUUUCUUCUGCCGUAUCGGUCGUGGUUUGUAGUUAGGUAUUUGCGUAUCGAUGUACGGCAUUGCGUAACCGGGGGCCUGCUGCACUCACUAGAUGACAAGCCCUCUGAGGGCAAGAAAGGCAUGUGCCUGUCUUGCCCCCCGGUAUCCUAAGCUCAGUGUAAGGCCGGAUACAAAGUAGGUGCUGACUACUGUGUUGAACGAGCGAAAGAAUGAGUAGAGAGAGAGUCCAGACAAGGUGCUUUGGCGAGUCUCCGCAUCUCCUACAGCCCCGACUGAAACAAAACAAAACUCUCCCUGCUCUUUCAGACGACACAAGAUGUACAAAGAGCAGCUCAACCUCACCUCCCUGGAUGCUCCCCUGCAGCUCCGACUCGAGGCCAGCUGGGUCCAGUUCCACCUGGGCAUCAGCCGCCAGGGACUCUACUCCCGGUCCAGUCCUGUCGUCAGCCAGCUCCUCCAGGACAUGAGGCGCUUUCCCACCAUCAGUGCGGAUUACAGUCAGGACGAGAAGGCCUUGCUUGGGGCAUGUGACUGCAGCCAGAUUGUGAAACCCAGCGGGGUCCACCUCAAGCUGGUUCUGAGGUUCUCGGACUUCGGGAAGGCCAUGUUCAAACCCAUGAGACAGCAGCGAGAUGAAGAGACACCCGCAGACUUCUUCUAUUUCAUUGACUUUCAGAGACACAAUGCCGAGAUCGCAGCUUUCCACCUGGACAGGAUUCUGGACUUCCGACGGGUGCCACCCACAGUGGGGAGGCUAGUCAAUGUCACCAAGGAAAUCUUAGAGGUCACCAAGAAUGAAAUCCUGCAGAGUGUUUUCUUCGUCUCUCCAGCCAGCAACGUGUGCUUCUUUGCCAAGUGCCCGUACAUGUGCAAGACCGAAUACGCUGUCUGCGGCAACCCGCACCUGCUGGAGGGCUCCCUCUCCGCAUUCCUGCCGUCCCUCAACCUGGCGCCCAGGCUGUCUGUGCCCAACCCCUGGAUCCGCUCCUACUCGCUGGCAGGAAAGGAGGAGUGGGAGGUCAAUCCGCUUUACUGCAACACCGUGAAGCAGAUCUAUCCAUUCAACAGCAGCAACCGUCUUCUCAACAUCAUCGACAUGGCCAUCUUCGACUUCCUGAUCGGCAACAUGGACCGGCACCAUUACGAGAUGUUCACCAAAUUCGGGGAUGAUGGGUUCCUCAUUCACCUCGACAAUGCCAGAGGGUUUGGACGACACUCCCAGGACGAACUCUCCAUCCUGUCGCCGCUGUCCCAGUGCUGCAGAACUUUCCCCACACGUGUCCGCGCGGGAUGGAGGAGGACCUCGUCUCUUAGACCCUUCAGUCACUGACUCUGAUCUCUCACCCACUCGGAGACGCGCUCACCCUUGCAGAGCCCGAGAGUCUGACGCGGCGAAUCCGAUCUCUGGUCGCUCAGCACUCAGAGCCGCUCAUAAAUAUCACUUGCUCACCAUCUAAGGAAAUUCCUGGUUCAAGUCCCAUAAACUGGGGGCGCCCGGCUGGCUCAGUCGGUAGAGCCUGUGACUCUUGAUCUCGGGGUUGUGGGUUCAAGACCCGCAUUGGGUGCAGAGAUUACUUAAAAAUAAAAUCCUUGGGGGCGCCUGGGUGGCUCAGCCAGCUGAACGUCUGACUCUUGGUUUUGGUGGUCAUGACCUUGGGGUCGUGGGAUCGAGUCCCAGGCCAGCCUCCACGCGCAGUCGGCUUAAGAGUCGCUCCCCCUCUGCCCCUCCCCCCUCUAAAAUAAACAAUCUUUUAAAAAAAUAAAAAAACCAAAAUCUUUUAA